GAGGAAGGAUGUCACGGCCGUGGAGUCUCUCUCUCCCCCAAUAUGAAGGAGGAAAACGAAGAGCCGAGGAUGAAGGGUUCGGUGUCGUCGCCGUCGCCGUCGCCCGCGCUGGAGAAGAAGAAGAAGAAGAAGAAGAAGGAGAAGGAAGGGGAGAGGGAGGAGAAGGAGGAUAAGAAGGACCUCAAGGCACUGAUACACGAGCACUCCCUCUUCUUCGAUCGGCUGGUGGAGCUCAUCCCCGCCAGGUUCUACCUCCCCCACGACGACGGCGCAGGCAAGGUGUGGUUCCAUGGGCUUAGCAAGGAUGCCAAGGCUUCCUGCAAAAAGCAAUCGAGGGAGAACCUAAGGAUGGCUCGCAGGCAGCGCCUCGAGGCCUCUCCUUCCUCCUCCUCCGUCUCCACCCUCGAACUCCUCAAGAAGUCAAUCAUCGACAAGAAAUCAACCACCGAGAGGGAAAGGGGGGGAGAUUCGGACGCCGCUCCUCUGCCCUUCACCUCCAACGGUGACGACGAGCGCAACGACGGCGGUUCCGUGACGUAUGAAGAGUUGCGCCAACGUCUGCACCAGAGAAUAGAGGAGCUCAGAGGGAAUCGCAACACGAGGGAUCCCGCCGCCGGAGGUAAGAAGGGAAAGGGGGGUAAAAACCAGCAGAAGAACCAGAAGCGAGGGGAUUUGGGGAAAGGAGAACGGGAGAUGAAUGCUGGAUCUGUGGAGAAGAAACCGACUGAGAAGAAGGCCGAGGAGUCGGUAGGGGAGUUGUCGUUCGGUCAAGUGAAGAUCGCCGGCGAACUAGUCGGUAAAAAGGGGAAAAAGAGAAAGGGCUCCAAGGUUCAGGAACUCGAAAGGGCGAAGAGACUAAAGCAGGCUAUGGAUGAUCCGGAGAAAGGCGCUCGUGUCUCCAAAAGGCAUUCAUGGAGCGCCGCCUUAAGCAGGGCUGAGGGCGUCAAAGUUCACGAUGACCCGAGAUUGCUGAAGCAAAGUAUCAAAAAGGAGAAGAGGAGGCAGCAGAAGAGUGCGAAGAAGUGGAAGGAGAGGAUGGAAGUCGUAGAGAAGAACAAGGCGGCUAAGCAGCAGACUCGUUCAGGGCACAUAGCAGAGCGUGCUCGAGAGAAGAAGAUGCGCCGGAUUGCUAAGAGGGAAAAGAAGCUUAUGAGGCCAGGCUUCGAGGGUCGGAAGAAUGGUUUCAUCAAUGAGACAUCAACGUCAGGGUAACGCAAUUGGGUAGAGGAAGCAUCGUUUUCUGAUUGGUAUGGGACACUCAAAAUUGUGGAGGAGCAACAGCAGCGGUGCCAUAUCGGCAAUGAAAAGCCUGUUUGUGGAUCUUCAAAUAGUAUGGACUUCGAACUAAGACCAUAGCUGCUAAAGUGGGUCGUCGAGAGAUAAUUAAGAUUGACACUAACAGCUGAAAAUUCUGUUACCUUCAAAACAACAAAUUUGAAACACCGAGUAAUUGCUUAAUCAGUGUUUAUUGGGCCUAUGGCUUCUAAUCUCCUUGGCCUCUCCUCUGUUUAGAAAUGAAGGAUUCAUAAAAAGGUGAGCCCUUUACGAAGGUCAGCAGCACAAUAUAUCAAAUGGGAUAAAAUGGAUAAAGGUAAGACUUUGAAAGUGGAAGUUGAAUGAAAAAUCCAAGGUGACUCGACAUAUGGCGCUGUAAUCCACAGUUUGUAUGAUCUUUACUUACAAGUGGACAUGACUUUUAUGGAGUCUAUAUCAUUCUUCCGAUUUCAUAUU